GAGGAAGAUGCCGGAGUCGGAGCUGAAAAUCAACGCGGGCUUCGCGGCCCGCUACGGGCGCUACCGGCGGCAGGAGGAGCUGCAGCGGCUGCAGGAUCGCUAUGGGGCCGACGCAGGGGCCGGUGGGGAGUCCAGCUCGGAAUCGGAGGAAAGUGGGGACGACGCGGAGCUGGACCCUCUGCAAGACAGAGAUUUCUAUCGCACUCUGGCCCUGCUGAAAACCAAGGAUCCCAGGAUCUACCAGAAAGAUGCCACCUUCUACAGCCAAGCAGGUUCCUUGUCAGAAAGCGGGAGGGAGGCAGCGGCAGCUCCGAAGAGGAAGGAGAAACCCAUGUACCUGAAGGAUUACGAGAGAAAGGUGAUCCUGGAGAAGGAAGGCAAAUACGAGGAGGAUGAGGACGACGAGGAAGCAGCAGCUGAAAGACAGAAGAGAGCCGCCUCCCAGAGCUACGUUGAGGAGCAGAAGCGAAUCAAGGAGAGCUUCCAGCCAUUCGUGGCAGACAGCGAUGGGGAGGAGAGCGCGGGGGAGGGCGGCUCGGCCCUGCUGCAGAAACGGAUCAAGAGCACGGAGGAGAAGGCGCGUGAGGAGGAGGGCUAUGUCAGCUGGCUCAAAGGGCAGGAUUUGCCCCCGGACCAGCAGCUCGAGGACCUGGCUCCGCUGAAGGAGUAUUGGAGCGACCCCACGCUGGCCCCCGGGGAGCGCUUCCUCCGCGACUACAUCCUGAACAAGGGCUACAGGGAGGAGGACGAGGAGGAGGAGGAGGGAAGGCAAGUGCAGUGGGUUCCUGGAGACACACCCCCCCCCAUGGCCUUGUUGUCUCUCCCCAGGGGCCCUGGGGCCGUGUCCCCCCUGCGGCUGGAGGACUCCUCGGACGAGGGGGAGCUCUUCCUCAAGAAGCAGGAGGAGUUUGAGCGCAAGUACAACUUCCGCUUUGAGGAGCCUGACGCGCAGCUGGUGAGGACUUAUCCCCGGACCAUCGCCAGCUCAGUGCGCAGGAAGGACGAGCGGCGCAAGGAGAAGCGUGAGGAGAUCAGGGAGAGGAAGAGGAAGGAGAAAGCCCAGAAGCGGGAGGAGUUGAAGCAGUUGAAGAACCUGAAGCGCCAGGAGAUCCUGGCUAAGCUGGAGAAGCUGCGGGAGGCGACGGGCAACGCGACCGUGGGCUUCGGGGAGCAGGAGCUGGAGGGGGCCUUCGACCCGGCCGAACACGACCGGCUCAUGCAGAAGUUCUUCGGGGCCGAGUAUUACGGGGAGGCGGAGGAGGAGAAGCCGCAGUUCGAGGAGGAGGAGGGCGUGGAUGACGGCUGGAACUGGGACAACUGGACCGGCCGGGACGCGGAGGGGGGCGAGUGGCCGGAGGAAGAGGAGAGCUACGAGCCGCACUGCGAGGACCCCAACUUCGUUAUGGAUGCGGAUUACGACCCCCGCGUGCGGCCAGGCCCCCCCCGGAAGCGGCAGAAGGAGGCGCAGACGCUGCUGGGGAAGAGGAAGCGCAAGACGCGGUUCACGGAGGCCGUGGAGCGGGAGAAGCCCCCGUUCGACCCUGGGGCUGGCUCCUUCGAGCAGUACCUGGACGAGUAUUACCGGCUGGACUACGAGGACCUGAUCGGCGACCUGCCCUGUCGCUUCAAGUACCGCGGCGUGGUGCCCUGCGACUUCGGCCUCAGCACCCACGAGAUCCUGGCUGCUGACGACAAGGAGCUAAACCGCUGGUGCUCGCUGCGCAAGACCUGCAUGUACAGGUCGGAGAAGGAGGAGCUCCAGGACAAGGCCGCCUACACCCGCAAGGCCCAGAACACCGGCAAGAAGCAGCAGAUCCUCAAGUCCCUCUCAGCCGCCGCGGAGGAGGCCGGCGGGGACGAGCGGCGGCCCAAGCUGGGGAAGAAGCACCAGGACAAGGCGAAGCGGCAGCAGCUGGAGCAGGAGCCGCCCGGCGCCGGCCUGGCUGAGCACCAGGAGGAUGAGGGGCCCCCAGUGCCCACGGCAGGGGCCUUCAGCCCCACCCUGCCCCCUGCUGGGCAGCCUGGGGCCCUGGAGGGGAAGGCCUCCCCUGGGCCCCAGGACACGGCCCCCAAGGCAGGGCCGCGGCGGAAGCGGCGGGGGCGGAAGGGGCUGCUGCUGGGCGCCAAGGUGCGGGUGGGCGGGCGGGAGUUCAGCGGGCAGAGGCUCCAGGCCUACGGGCUCAACCCGCGCCGCCUGCGCUACCGCCAGCUUCAGCGCCACACCAGGAAGCAGCCUACGCAACAGACUCAGCGGGCCCAGGCGCCCGGACGCCAGGGGCCCGUGGACAAAGCCGCCCGGGCCUGAGCACGGAGAGGAGCCAGGGGCUCGCGUGGCUGGGGGCCA